AUGGUCCAUACACGAGGUGGCACUCGUUCACGCAUUAGUGCACGCACACGCGAUGGUGUUCGCACACGUGGUGGCGUACGCACACGUGGUGGCACUGCAGGUGUGGCGCUUGGUGUGGACGCGGCACUUGUUACGAGUAUAGCAUACGGUGUGAGCACAAUGCGAGGCGGACCAGCGGUACGAGGCGGGCGCGCAGCGCGAUGUGAACGCAGCGCGCUUGUUACUGGAGUUGAAAGGGGCAUGUCAAGACCUUCCGUCUCAGAACCGUAA